GCACGCAAUUAACUGCGACUAAUGGGAGCAAUUAAUGGAAAAGCGAAAGAAUCGGAGAGAUAAAGAUUGAGGGAGUGGAAAUCUGCGAUUCGAUUCGAUCAAUCCAUUGGAGAUUUAAAUCCUUGGCGAAAGCUACUGCUGUCGCCUUCUUUUUUUUGCUCAAGAUUCUGCGCUUUUGGGGCGGCACUGUUCAUUCUUUCGAGUGGCGGAGGCAGCUCGAUCGAGCUCGGAUUCCAAGUCGUAAAAUUUGCAGUUUUCCCCUGUUUUUAAAGGGUUUGGUUGAUUGAUUCUGCGAUAGGGUAGGAGAAAGCUCCGAUGCCCUACUCCAGGCACAAUGCUGUUUCCGAUUUUUCUUGUGACGCCUCACCGGAUAGCCUUGAAGUGAUGGCAGAGCCUUUGAGGCAUUUAAAGACUGGGAAUGAGAAGGAUAGCCAAGAAGACGCAAAAGGUAGUAUGAAUUUGUACCCUGAGCGCCCUGGAGAGCCAGAUUGCAGCUUCUACACGAGGACUGGGUUAUGCAAUUAUGGGAAUAAGUGCAAGUAUAAUCAUCCUCCUGUAACCAUGCAAGAAGUACCGCUAAUAGAGGGAACUCAUCACAAAGAUGAACUUCCACAAAGAGAUGGUCAACCUGAUUGCCAGUUUUUUCUCAAAACAGGAACUUGCAAGUUUGGAAAAAACUGCAAGUAUCAUCAUGCACGAGAUAAGCACGAUGGCCAACUACUUCAGUUCAAUAUUUUGGGUCUACCGAUGAGGAUGGAUGAAAAAUCUUGUCCCUACUACAUGCGAACAAGAUCUUGCAAAUUUGGAGUUACCUGCAAAUUCAAUCAUCCACAGCCUGACAAUACCACAGCUUAUUCUGGAUUUUCUGCACCUACCCCAGUGCCAUAUUCAGUUGGACUACCAUUGUGUUUUUCUAGGCCCCCUUUCAUGUUGAAUCCCGGACUGGAUCGUCUUCAAUAUUACAUGCCUGUUAUUCUUCCACCAACACAAUUGACCAUGCCGAUGCAACAGGGUUGGAGCACAUAUUUGUCAGGUCCAAGUGUGUCGGUGGAUUUCCCCGAGAGGCCUGAUCAACCAAAAUGCCAAUUUUAUAUGAAAACAGGGAGCUGCAAAUUUGGUAGUUCAUGCAAAUAUCAUCACCCUAAGGAGAUGAAUCAAGUAUCUCCAUGCUUCAUGGGACCGGAUGCUCCUGCGUGCACAUCCUAUUCCACAUACGGAAUCUGCAAGUACGGUGAAGCUUGCAAAUUCGAUCAUCCUUUUGUGGCUGUGCUACCUCUUCAAGAACCAGCAUCGAUCUCUGCCUACCACAGGAGGACCAAAUUUACGUGGAUGGCGACCGAUGAUUUAUGCCAUGGGGUCCCAAAAUCACCAAAUGAGUUCAAGAAAUCUGUGAGCAUUACUGAAAUCGAAGAUGGCUCCUCAAGAGAGACUUCUCCAUCACACACUGCUGCACCUCAAUCAGAUUAGUGCUAAUCUCCAUCGUCUCUUAAUAUGGUUACAGAAAUGAGAUUUCAGAUCAUCGCCGUCUCAGUCACCUUUUUUUGCUUAUGACUGCCCUGAGAACUAGGGAAGCUUGCAGAUACAUAAGAUGAACUGUGAUAGCUGUGUUGCUGUAAGAAAAAUCAAUGGAGUCACAUGUAAAGAUGCUAGAAUUUCACUGUGUUAAACUUGUAAUGGAUCUCAACUUUUGGAACAUAUCUCGUUUAUUGUUGUAUGAA